AUGAAAAUAUUGGGAAUCUGGCCAGAAGAAAGAAAAUAUAAUCAAGCAUCGAGUUACUUGAUUCUUCUACCACUUAGCAUGAUGUUACUGUUCAUUGGAAUACCACAAACGAUUGAUCUCUACUUCAUAUGGGGUGAUAUCGAUUUGACCACAGAAAAUUUGUCAGUAGGAAACAUGACUGUGUUACUUGCGAUCAUAAAGGCAACUAUCUUUUGGUUCAGUGGAGAAUCCAUCAGUGUUCUACUAUCUAACAUGGAAGAGGAUCGGAAAGAAGCGAAUACCGAGGAGGAAACGAGAAGAAUGAUGAGUAUCGCGAAAAUUUCCAGAAAAAUAUCCAUUGCAUGUACUUUAACCUACGACGUACUCGUUAUUCUUUUCGUCAUUCUACAUUUUUUAUUAGUUCAUUACAUCGGCCGUAUUCUCAUAAUGCGCUCAUAUUUUCCUUACAACAUACAAUCGACACCGAAUUACGAGCUAACCGUUUUUGCUCAAACAUUGGCUGCAUGUUGCAUGGGCAAUGCUUAUACAUCUGUAGACACUUUUCUGGCUAUGUUAGUGCUUCAUGUUUGCGGACAAUUUGAAAAUUUGGGAAACCAAUUACGCGAUCUACGUCGCGGAAAUGACAAUGAAUUUUACAUUAAACUUGUCAAAAUCGUUAAGAAACACGAUUCUCUAAACAGGUAUACACUUGUUCCUAAAGAAGAAAAAAAAACAUUAUUUUUUGUAUACAAUUCAUUUGCACAAAAGAUUAGCAUCAAAGUUGCCGAUGCUGCAUACGAGUGCAAAUGGUACGAUUUAUCUCCUAAUGAGGCUAAAUCACUUAUGAUAAUCAUGCAUCGAGCAAGAGUACCCCUUUGCAUAACAGCAGGAAAAUUUAGUAUAUUCAGCCAUCAACUUUUCACCGAUAUUUUGAAGACAUCGAUGGGUUACUUGUCUGUACUCCUCGCAGUAAAUGUCGUAAAUACAGAAUAAAACGUUUCUGUACAUAGAAAUAAUAUUAGAUUUUAUUAUAAAGUAGAAAUAUAGAGUAAACAAUUUUACUACUUAAUCUUUAUUCUAAUGAUUUUUAUUAAAGUAAUACAAAACAGGAUGCAUUUAUCAUACUUUUGUGUAAAAUUUUCUAUCUUCAUCGAUUUCUAUUCUAACACUAUGACUCAAUACAUUUAAUGUUGGUAACUCAAUGCAUUGUCGGUAACGUGUAAUGUUCUCUGUAAAUCUUAAGAGAAAAAGGAAAAAAAAAAAAGUAACCACGAGAGUUAGGAAAUAAGUCGCGUAGCAAUAGGCUUAGACGUUUCUACUAUAGAUGGAUCUCUUCAAGGCGAGCAUUAUUAUAGGACGCUAAACUGUAAAAGAUAUUUACAAUUUACAAUUCUUUUUUUCUGUUUUUAUUUUAUUUUUUUUUUUUUUUUUAUGAUCCGAUUUAACUGAUAAUUGACAAGAAAAUUUCACUUCGUUUGUUUUUCAAAAGAAUUAAAAAUUAUUUUUCAUAAAAGGAUAGGAAGAAAAAAUUUCAACCAAUUGU